AUGGCGACUGCAGUGACUCUGCUUCUCGCGCCGCUGGCCAUAUGGUUUCAAGCUGUCAAUAAUGCAGUCAAGGAGCCAUAUCUGGACGAAGUCUUCCAUAUUCCCCAAGCACAGCACUACUGCGCAGGGAGAUGGGAUAUCUGGGAUCCCAAGCUCACGACUCCGCCGGGCUUAUACUUGAUCUCAUACAUUGCAAAGCCCCUUUUGGGCUGCGGCGUCACGUCGCUGAGGGCCAUUAAUGCGAUAUGUUUGAUGGGAUCUCGUGUGAGGCUGCUGGCUUAUCACAGUUCUCUCAAUAUUGCCCUUUUCCCGCCACUAUUCUUCUUCUCGGCACUCUACUACACAGACAUCGCCUCGACAUUAUCAUGGGUGAUCUUCUACUGGUACUUUCUGCGAACCUUGUCCCGCGAUGGCUUUUCUCUUGUGGAAUCGACAGUGCAGGUCGUAUUGGGGGUUGUCAGUCUGUCUUUUCGACAGACGAAUAUCUUCUGGGUCGGUGUUGCUCCGGCUGCACUCACAUUAGUGAUGGAGUUGGAUCAAGGACUGAGCGUGGUCAAGCAAUCGAUGUAUAGGCGCGCUGAAGGCUUUGGCGACUCAACAUGGAGUGUGGCCAAGACCAGCUGGAAGAUGAGCGUGCUCUAUGAUCCUCCCGUUGGCGAUGCGUACAUUGAAGACUACAUCCGGACAGUGGUAUCGAUCUUUGCCUGCGGUCUCAAAGCUGCCACACAACCCAAGCGCAUUCUCCGUAUCGUCCUCGUUCUAUCGCCAUACCUCACUUUAAUCACCAUAUUCCUCAGCUUCAUCAUCUGGAACGGUGGUGUAGUCCUCGGCGACAAGUCUAACCACGUCGCAACCGUCAACCUUCCACAAAUGCUCUACAUCUGGCCCUUCAUCACCUUCUUCUCCUGGCCACUCCUCCUCCCGCGCUUCCUCAUGGCCGCCUUGGCGCUCCUCUCCCGCAUCGGACAACUCGCGCACCUGGAACCCCUCCUCCUCUUCAAAAGACGCAAUUUCCUCCCUCGACCCCAUCUCAUCCUGCUCUUCACCCUCCUCGCCCUCGCCAUCAUCCACUUCAACACCAUCAUCCACCCAUUCAUGCUUGCCGACAACCGCCACUACGUCUUUUACAUUUUCAAACGCCUACUCCGCCCGUCUUGGAUCCGAUACUUGGCCGCGCCAAUCUACAUUUUCACUGCUUGGGCCUGCAUUGGAUCUUGCGGAGAAAAUCCUCCACAAUUCAAUAUGAAAAUCACCAAAGAAGAAGAAGAAGAAGAAACCAAAAGACAGGAUUCAUCAUCUCGCUCUGCUGCAUCUACCACCACCACCACCACCACCAAUGAUGAUAAUAAAAACAACAACAACAAAAUCCCCAACGGUCUCCAAACCCCCGCAAAAAUCUCUUUCACACUCAUCCUGCUCUGCACCACCGCUCUCACACUAUGCAGUGCACCCUUAGUCGAGCCCAGAUAUUGCAUUAUCCCCUUUGUAAUGUGGAGGAUGCAUUUACCCCUAUAUCAUAAUCAUCACGAUGAUGAUGAACAACGAACGACGACGAGAAGUGAGACAAGACAAAUCGGGACGAUGUCUCCUUCCUUCUUCAAAACACACACAUACAAUUAUGAUUAUCGUCUCAUAUUAGAAACCAUCUGGUUUCUGCUGAUUAACACUGUAACGGGAUAUAUUUUCCUCAAUUGGACCUUUGAGUGGUCGAGUGAGAAGGGAAAGGCGCAGAGAUUUAUGUGGUGA